CAGCGAACAAGAGAUUAAUGUUCUUUAGUAGAGGCAAAACCUUGACAGUGAACACAACGCCGGAGUACAAGGUGAAACCAUGGCCAAGGAUCUACAAAUUGUCUUGGCGCUCUUCUUUGUCUGUCUGGUGGGUCAUGUGGUAACGGAUUGCAAUGUUUGCCAGACGAAUCAGGCUGCCUGCAUUAACUCCACCUCCUUCUACCUGUGCUUCGGAGAUGGCAUGCCGCAUACGGAUCGCAUCUACAACUGUCUGGAGGGCACCGUUUGCACCGCCCGCACCGCAAUCUGUGUGCAGAGCAACGCACAGUGGCCGCCCAGCUGCGGCGAUACCAGCAAAUGUGGACAGUGUAGCGCGCAUCGCAAUCACAAGUUUGCCUGCCAGAGCCGAAGGACGUUUCAGAUGUGCUAUGGAGCGACGCGGCCGACGGGAGCGCUGGGCUUCUGCCCGCCGGGCUACGCCUGCGAUGCCAGCAGCGAUGUGGUCUGUACGCCCGAGCGGGUGGGACAGACUUUCACCUGUGACCUGCACGAUGAUCUGGUGAGCACCAGCACAACUACGCCGACGACAACUGUCACCACAGCUAGCCCCACGCCGAGUCCCACGCCUACCCCAACGCCUAGCCCCUCACCGACACCCAACUCCAUGACAGCGCAGCAGCUCUGCCAGCUGAAGGCAUAUACAGGACUCUACGAGACCCAGCCACGUGACAUCUACUGUAGACGCUACAUCAGCUGCUACUUCAACAAGGCAGGCCAAAUAAGAGGCGUGGAAUAUGAGUGCUCUGCGAAUGCCUAUUUCGACGCGCCUACACAGCGCUGCGUUUACGUAGCGCCAGUUAAUUGUACAGCUAGAGUUUAGGGUUAUAUGAAUGUAUAAAUUAUAAUUAUAAAUGCAAUAAAAAACAUAAUUAAACUAA